AAAACGCUUUCACCGUCGUCGUCACCGGAGCAUCCAGCGGACCAGCAGCGUUCGCGGUGUGGUGUGCCUUGCGCUGCGAGAUGGUUCUCUGAUGGUGGUGUUCUGAUCGACGGUCAGCAGCCAUCGAGAUUAACAAACCCCCCGUCCCUUUAGCAGGGUGUGGACAGGCGAACCGAACGAAAAACGGGACAUCCCCGAGAUUCGUAUUGUUGUUGUUGUUGGAGAGAAGUGCGCAGCAAUAACUUACUCCAGAGGAACCCCAGAGGAAGAAAGGAACCAAACAUGAUCAUUAUUUGCACAACCAAUCGCUAACCCAGCCCCACCGGAGGCACAGCGGUUCUUCGACGACCGUCCUGCCGACCGUCGCGUUUAAUUAAUUGCAACAAAGGAGGCCGACCGACAAACGCAGCUCCCAGCAGCAUCUUCCAGAGGGUGUGGUGGACACGGGAGGGACGGGAAAGAACGGAAAAAAAUCUAUCCUUUCCGGCCCUUCCGCCCCGUACUCCGUUUAUCCCGUCACCCUCACACUUUCGCUCCCUCGCGGGGUCCCUCUCUUGUGCGUUGUCUUUAUCUGCUGCUGGCUUAAGCUCGCGAGCUUCCUGUCGCGACGCGCUCUGUGCCGUGCUCUCCCAUUCUCUCUGUCUCUCUCUCUCCCUGUCUCUCUUGUGUGCGCUCUCCGGUGAAAUUUUGACUCAUAUUUUUCUCAAAAACUCACUCCCUGUGGACGCCUUCACGUUCUGGUUGGUCUUCCUUCUUCCGUGUAAUUUCUCUAGUUCCUACAAAAAAAAAAACAGGCGACACACGUACACAACCCUUGCCCAGGGGUGAGACGGGACAGCUGAUACGAGGCAAUCCUUGCAAAGGUUCCUCUCUCGCUGGGGUUGCGAGCGUGCAGCAGCAGGGAUGAUCAGCCAGUUCUAUGCUCUAGUUUUUUGGGCAGCCAUAAAUCAUCAGUUGGCCUGUGGUGCGUGUUUCUUUCGGGUCGGGGACAUCUGCGUGUCAGAAGACGAGGACGGUGGUGUGUUGGUAUUGUGAAAAAGGGCGACUGCAGCGGAAUCAUCCAAGUGUGAUUCUUCGGUGAUUCUUUUUCGUGGAUGAUUCACGGGGCACACCCGCAGCAUCACCAUCCACGCCUUGAUGGCCGUGUGCACUAGCAGCAGCAUCCGCCACUGGGUAUAUUGGGUCAUGCUGAUUAGCCAGUAAAGUGUAGUGCAGUCAUCAUCACAAAAUCGUCGCUGCUGCUGGUGAAUCCUAGUGAGCUGUGUGUGAUACUGCGCGAUGUUGCUACUAUAGUUACUGCCCCUAUGUAUAUAACAUGUAAUUGUGAAUUGUCCAACGUUCAGUUCCGUAGCUGCUGCAACCAGAGGAAUCCAGGAUUUACGACGAGAAGGUCGCGCUUUUAAUCGGGGUGCAUGUGCAAGGUGUCAGGGCAGUGUCGCGGCCGGAGCAGUGUGAAUCGCCGCCCUACAUGUAAAAAUAGCGAAGAAUGUGGAUCAGAGUGUAUUUUUAGAUAUUAUUAUGGAACAUAAUGACACCAACCAGCAGCAGCAGUAGCACCAGUGGCUAGUGUGUUAGGUCGUCUCGCUGGUUUUGCAGCGCCAAGCGUGAGUGAAAGUGAAAAGUGCGAAGCGAAGAAAAACCGGAAAACACUAUCGUCCCUUCACCAGUGCUCCAGCUAUCGCGUAAGGCACGCUUCUUCUGCCUGCACGGCCUGUUCCUCUGUUCCAGGGCGUUCGAAGCUCCCCCAUUCAACGCUCACGCUCACGAGAAAGAGAGGAUGCUGCUGGUGUAAAUUGGUGGACAUCGGAGAUCCCCAAGGUCGCGUGCGUGCGUACGCGUGUGUGUUUGUGUGUUUUAAGUCGCCGCGAAUGAUGGUGAUCGGUCGCUGAGAUUGCACGUCAUCCGUCUGGCGAUCUUACACCGUAGCUCGUACUAGAAUAUCGCAACCGGGACCAUCAAGCAAACAAACGAGAGCAACACUAACCAGCAACAGGGGGCCAGCAGGCCGCGCGACCAGCGAAUUCCAACUAUCGACCUACUUCGAAGGGCAGCAGGAGAGAGCAACUCCUAUUCGACAUUUUGCUACCAUCGGCAUCACACAGUAGGCGCCACCAUGCCGGAACUAAUCGGCGUUUCGGAGUUUCUGGAGGAAACGCGCGAGGACUACAACUCGCCGACGACCUCCACCUUCGUGUCCCGAAUGGCCCAGUGCCGGCAGACGAUCGCGGCACUCGAAGAGACACUGGAUUUCGACCGAGAAGGGCUGACAAAGUUGAAAAAAGCAGUCAAAGCCAUACACAACUCGGGAAAUACGCACGUGGAUAAUGAGAUGUGCCUAGUACGGGCACUGGAACGACUCGGUUCGGUCGCCCUGUCCAAGGAGGAACCGGAUAUCGGUGCAGCGUUCCUUAAGUUUUCCGUUGUUACCAAAGAGCUCAGCGCGUUAAUGAAAACCCUGAUGCAAAACAUCAACAACAUUGUAAUGUUCCCGGUGGACUCG